UCAGUCGGCCUCGGGAGGCGCAGCAUUCGCCGCCUUAGAAGGAAGGAUGUCCGUUGUGUGAGGAGGCUGCUAUGGUGCUGAGUUCCCGGGUAGAGCCGACCGAACCGAGGCGGUCGCGGCCAUGAAGCAGGUAUUGUGAGGUAGAGGCUGGAGUCAGGACAAUUGAGAGUUCCAGCUGGUACAACAUGUGAUUUGAUUUCAAAACAAGCCCCUUGCUGCUGGAAGCAAGGAAGGUUUUUGGAAAAGGUAUGAAUGCAUAUAUGUCUGCACCAUGAGCAUGCCUGAUAUCCAUGGAGUCUGAAGAGGAUGUCAGACCUCUGGGACUGGUGUUAAUAGUUGUGAGACACUAUGUGGGUACCGCAAAUCAAAGUUGGUCUCUGGAAGGGCAGCCAGUGCUUUUAAUCACUGAGCCAUCAACCCCCGCGGGUGCUACUUCUAUGUGGGCUUCAUGCUGUGGGCUGCUAAAUGAAGUCAUGGGAACUGGAGCUGUCAGAGGUCAGCAGGCGGGAUUUCCAGGAAGCACCGGCCCAUUCAGAUUUACACCAAGCUCUGACUUUCCCACCUACCCACCAGCAGCUACUGAAGGGCCCAAUAUAGUUUGCAAAGCAUGUGGGCUUUCAUUUUCAGUCUUUAGAAAGAAGCACGUUUGCUGUGACUGCAAGAAGGACUUCUGCUCCUUUUGCUCGGUUUCACACGGAAACCUCCGCAGAUGUUCUACUUGUCACCUACUGCAGGAGACAGCCUUCCAGCGCCCUCAGUUGAUGCGGCUGAAAGUGAAGGACCUACGGCAGUAUCUCCUCCUCAGAAACAUACCGACUGACACUUGUCGGGAGAAAGAAGACUUGGUAGAUCUAGUACUGUGCCAUCGUGGACUAGCUUCAGGGGGUGACCUGGACUCAAGCAGCCUGAAUUCCUCACGGUCCCAGACUUCUAGUUUUUUUACACAAUCUUUUUUUUCAAAUUAUACAGCCCCCUCUGCUACUGUGUCCUCCUUCCAGGGUGAGCUCAUGGACACAGAUGGGACCUUCAGAUCAGAAGUUCUGGCACAGGUGCAAAGUGAGAUAGCUUCAGCCAACACAGAUGAUGAUGAUGAUGACGAUGAAGAUGAAGAUGAUGAUAAUGAUAAUGAAGAAGAAGAUGAUGAUGAAGAACAAGAAGAAAACUUGGAGGAACAGAACCCAGGGCUCUCUAAGAAGAAAGUGAGAGCCUCGCUGUCCGACCUGUCAAGCCUUGAAGAGGUAGAAGGGAUGAGUGUGCGCCAGCUGAAGGAGAUCCUGGCUCGGAAUUUUGUCAACUAUUCUGGCUGUUGUGAAAAAUGGGAGCUGGUAGAGAAAGUCAACCGGUUGUACAAAGAGAAUGAAGAAAACCAAAAGUCAUAUGGUGAGCGGAUGCAGCUUCAGGAUGAGGAAGACGACAGCCUGUGCCGAAUCUGCAUGGAUGCAGUCAUUGACUGUGUCCUGCUGGAGUGUGGGCACAUGGUCACCUGCACCAAGUGUGGCAAGCGCAUGAGUGAGUGUCCCAUCUGUCGGCAGUAUGUGGUGCGAGCUGUGCAUGUUUUCAAGUCAUGAGAUUGAGGCCCCUUGCAGUGACACACGCCCAUGAUUCUACCCCAAACAUCUGAGUGCAUAAAGGACUGGAAACUUACUGUUCCAAGGCAGAGACUAUUUUUAAAAAUUAUUUUCAUUACUGAUUGGGGACAGAAAGUUCAUCCUAAGACAGGCCUAUAUGCCUGUGGACACAUGGCUUUCCCAGCUUCUGCUGGGUUUUAUCACUUAUUUCCCCUGAGCACUAGUUGCUGAGGUCAGACUGUCAGUGUGGGUAUUUCCUCUUGCUCUAUGGAGGCCUGUCUCUUAAUUUCCCCUUUUUAUCAUGUGUUUGAAACUUAUGUUCACUUAGAAAUGAACUCAUUGUUCACAAGUGGGCUAGUGUGGACUAUACUGAGCAGUGGAUGCUCUGAAUGUUCACUUUGUUAGUCAUGUAUAUUUUAAAUGCUAAUAUUUGAUGAAUAUAAGUUUCCACAUUGUUGCUAUCUCUGCAUUUAAACAUAAUUGGGAGACAACUGACAUUCUAUAGUCAACUGCCAGGGCCUCAGAUAAAUAUGUCCAUUUUUGUUCAGGUACAGCUUUUAAUAGCAAGAGCUGCAUCUAGCUUCUUAUCUUAGAAGUGUGUGUGUGUGUGUGUGUGUGUGUGCUAAAUUCUUUAUUAACAUAUAAUCAGUUUACACUGUUUUGUAUAGUGAAGGUGUAUUUUUAGUGCUACCUGCUAGUAAUUUCAACUUCAGGAAUAAAAUUAGAUUAAAAGGC